AUGCUCAGUCUCCAGACCUCCAUCUCCAGCCCGAGCCUCCACCUCUGCUCCCGCCUGCAGCUCUCGUCUUCGGGGAGACUCUUGUCCAUCCAUGCGGAGCUAAGUCAGUUUGACGGACAGGCCCCUGCUCUCCCUCGGCCCCUCGCUCUCCCGCUCCAGCAUUGUCCUGUCAUGUCCACGCUCCCGAGCCUCGGCCCCCGUCGGCCAUUAUCCUCAUCACAGUCAUCUCCGCUAAUCACCGCUCCAAUCGUGGCCGACAUAAAUCUAAUCAGCGGCAGAGGCGUCCAGUGCCACUCGCUCAGCGGCUUUGGCAGAGACCGGAGGAAGCGCUGGCAAGAAACACUUGUCCUUCGGUGUUUGCACAGAGGUCCCACAGAGGCCCCACAGAGGUCCCACAGAGGUCCCACAGAGGUCCCACAGAGGUCCCACAGAGGUCCCACAGAGGCCCCACAGAGGUCCCACAGAGGCCCCACAGAGGUCCCACAGAGGUCCCACAGAGGUCCCACAGAGGCCCCACAGAGGUCCCACAGAGGCCCCACAGACGCCCCACAGAGGGAACUGCAAAAUGCUGUUUGCAGGUUGUAA